AUGACUACCCAGGAUACCACCUUCAGCAUUCCGAGCAAACACAGUUCAUCAGCUCUCCAAAUGGGGCCUCGAAAAAAAGUCUCCUCAUCCAAUCCACUUGUCUCCCACGGACACCAUUUUGGUCGAAUGGUAUUUGCGCUUUGCAACUACCCCUCCUUACUCACCAACAGUAUCCUGAGACUGGAGCAAAUGGAAGACACUCCAUUAGAGGACUUCUCUACUGAAGAGCGAUGGGAGCAUCGUGUCUUUGAGCAGCUCUUAGAGUCCUAUCCCGGCCUUCUGGAGCGACUGAAGGAUGGGUCUGAGGAGGAAAUCAUUCACAUUGGAGAGCUGAUUGAUAGGGGAGCGGCUGGUGCUAGAGGUGAUGUCACAAAAACAUUGAAGUCUGUGGUACUCGACUGGAUUUCUCCAAAUGGAGAAGCAACACAGCCUCCUUUACAUCAGAAUUCCAAGAUCGACCGUGGUUUUAACCAUCAACUCACUGGAUCUCUCCUCUGCCCUGCUGGGUUGAACUGGGACAACCCCCAAAUGAAGGAGAACCUCCAGAGUGGUGAAAUACUAGUUUGUGGGGAUCAGUGGCCCAUUUUCUUGUAUGCCCACUACCUUUAUGACCCUGAAGACCCAUGGUGUGGCCUCCUUAGGAGCCACUUACUAGUGUGUGCCUACAAGCACAUUUUCACCUCUCCAAGUUCAGUUGAGAGGGAGCCAAAAGCUAUGCAGUCCGGAAACGCUCGCCUCCACAGGAUGAAAUCCGUCACCAUCGCUUCCAUUGCGUACAUCGCAACUCAGGUUUGUAAUGUAUCCUUUUGUAACACAGUUUUUGACAUAUGGCCGAAGGUCUCGUCAUUGGUGUUCUCACGAACAGACCCUGACGAAUCUAAAGAAGUUGAUGAGCUGCUGACCUGGUGGAAUCACCAGAUUUUUCCUACUUCCUUUGCUGCCAAGAGGGCUAUCAGUGUCAACAGCGCCUUAUUCAAGAUCAGACAAAAGUGUGUAGCCCUCAAACAAGCUACAGAUCUGGGUGCUGUCUCUUCCUAG